AUGAAACCAAUAUUGCACCAAGACAUCACCACAAACAAAAACUCAUAUGUGGCCACAGCCCCUAUCCUAGCCGGAACAGUCCUGCUCACUCAGGCUGCCCUAGCAUCAAUUCCUCUACCGGAAGUACGUCGCCAGCGCUGUAAUAGCUGUCUUAAAAAAGCACCUCUACAAUGCUGUUCACGCUGUAUAUCUGCCUAUUUCUGCAGCAACGAAUGCUUCCGUAAUGCUUGGCUGCACUUUCACCGAGUUCUCUGUGAACCCCAAACCCGCGACCUUUACGCCAACAUUGACAAAAACCAAUGGCUUCUUGAAAGAGUUGCUUUAACUUUGCACAGUCACGCGCACCUGAGUAAGCAGCAUUCUCACUCUCCGCCAUAUUUACAACGCGCUAUUGAAGCCCUCGAAGCCCACAAAAAAAUCGGAACGGACAUCUUACCUGACAACACCGCGAUCGAAACACUAUUGAAACAAUGCGAAAUGUCACUCGAAGAACUCGGUGAGCUGAGCCAUCUAGUCCGCCGGACUGCAUUUGUCAUCCAAGAUCCAGAUCAGCAUCUUGACCCAAUUGCUCUUGGACUCUAUCCUCUCACCUCUCUUCACAUUCCACACUCUUGUCAACCAAACGCAGGUGUUAUCUACAAAGGGAGCCAACAGGUUGUUAUUGCCGUCACAGAUAUAUCGGCUGAUGAACCAAUCACCCUGAGCUAUGUCGAUCUCGUUUCCACAAAGCAAGACCGGCUCGAGGCUCUCCAGGCUCGCUUUGGCCCUGAGUAUGUUUGCCACUGUGCUCGGUGUGAGGCAACUGAUGGGAUUGACUACCUUCUGGAACGUUGUCCACCCAAAGACAUUAGUCACAUUCCCCAAGAAAUCAAGACAUGGAGUGUACUGGACAAGGUCAAGCUUUACAGUGCCAAAAAAUCUGCUCCUGGUACAAUCACACCUGGGCAUGAAUUAGAUGUUCCUGAUUUUACCCACUACACCAGUCACUGUAUGUCUCCGGAUUACUAUCUGGCAACCAUCCAGCACCGUCGUCAUCCCCUGAAUGGGUUUGAACUAGAGACGCGCGAAGAGCGUGCACGAUUCGCAGCUCGAUUGGAGUUCACAAUGCAGGCCUUAUCAAAAAUCCCUGAAUUACACUGUCUGAAUUUAGCUACUAUCCGGACCAUCGAAGGAUUAAUGCAACAAAGAAUGGCAGAAAGUAAUUGGGUAGAAGCCAUGCGCUGCUCCCUUUACCUGCUCGUGGUAUACAAACUCAUAUUUCCUGUUCUUCAUCCGACCGUGACCUACCAUACCCUAGUGUUGGCCAGAGCGAGCUGGAACUCGCUAGUCCAACUCGAACUCACAGGAAUUGGUAAACGUCUUGAGCGAAUUUAUGAGAAUGGUGUUCGUAUGUGGAUCUAUGUUGCUCGGACAAGUGUCGCAAUUACCUUUGGUCAGGACACAAGUCUCUGGCGGGAGGUGGUCGAGUUAGAAUGGGUUUUUGAGCGAGACCAAAAGCUUAAACAGCAACAGCAGCAGCACCAACAGCAAUAA